AUGGACAAUUUCCGCAGUCAACAACAUCGUAGUACGACCACCACCACCACCAGCGGCAGCAGCAGCAGCAAUAGCAGCGGAAGCAACAGUAACAACAAUAACAACAACGGCAGUCCUAGUAUCGGCAGCAGUUCCACUACGAUUGCAGCAGUACAUACGUCCAGCUUCACCCGUAUUCGAUCGACUACGCGAUCGACAAUGGCUAAAGCGACUGCGGUGCGGUUGUCCACCGGAAAGAAAUUCAGUCAACUGCUUAUUAUUACACCGGCGGUCGUAAUCGAUACCAGCAACGACGACGGCUAUGUUGGUCCCUUCAACUCGCAUGACAGUGGCUGUGGUAGUAGUGGAAGUGAUGCUAGUUUGGAAAGCAACCAAGGCAACGAACCGGUGACUGGCAAUAGAAUUAGAAGCGACGGGAACAACAACGAUAAGUCGAAUCGAUCCAAACUGUUGCCUAAAGCGAGGCAACAAUUCGGAGCUAAAGUUGCUCCAUCAUCAUCAUCAUCAUCAUCAUCAUCGACAUCGACCGGAUGUGGUAAUGGCGGCCAGGGUCAUUCCUGGCGUUGGUGUUCGAUUAUUUGCUCAGCUGUGCGGUGCUUUCGGGAUGCCUCCCAUACCCAACAGCAUUUCGGGCCAAUUCGUUAUAGUUCACAUGGUGGGGAUGCGUCAGCUGGUUGCGAAAAUUCCAUUAGACACCCACUUACCGGCAGUAACCCUCCUAAUACAAUGGGGCGCCGCAGCAGUAGAUUCAACAGUAAUCACAUCUAUGAAUAUACUAUCAAAAGUUAUCGAUCGUCUAGAUCGACCGAGCAUGAUCGCGUUAAUAACAAUAAUAGUAACAGUAUCAAUAGUACCGGAAAUCACUCCGAAAAUGUAACCAGCGAUAAGGCCAACAUCAUGUACAAGUUGUGA